CUGUAACAAUAUAAUCAUUGUGUAAUUGUGAUGAAGCUAUUAGCCCGAACUUAUUGAAUGUUUUCUAUGUGCUAGGCACGCCUGUGGAUGUUAUUAUACGAUUAUUAUAAUCAUUAUAUGUUUACACUCUCCUAUAUAUUUAAACUAGACUGCUACAAAGUUAGAGAACUAGUGACUAAAAACCUAAUCGAACAGUCUGAAUGUGCCGUUUUUGUGCUCUACAAAAAGAUCACCAAGGAUUUUGCCACCCUGGUGCCUGUCAAAAACCCAGCCCAGGAAAUGGAUGUGCCAUUUUUCCCAAGUGUCUUCUUUGUUUAUAAUGUAUAAAAUCAUGUUACUAGUAUCUAAUAACACUGAUUUGUCAGCUUGUUUAAAUCUUCUUUAUGGCAUGUUUGUUUUUUCUUUUAAUAACCCGCCUCGAAGAAGGGUAAGCUGAAACCACUGCUCCGCUUCGAGAUGCUGCUGCGCAAAUUGCAUGUGCUCUUCUGCCUCUGCGGCUGCUUCACCCUCGGUCACCCUUUUGACUGGCAAGACCUAAACCCUGUUGCCCAUGUUAAACCAUCAGCACGGGUCAAUAAAAUACAGGCUCUGAUGGCUGCUGCAGUCUUUGGCCAAACUACAAUCCCCAAAGGAAGUGGACCUUAUUCCGUCGGCUGUACAGAUUUGAUGUCUAAAUAUACUAAUAAGAGCACCUUCUUGCGUCUGUAUUAUCCAUCCCAAGAUAAUGAUCACCCCGACACCAUUUGGAUUCCAAACAAAGAAUAUUUUUUUGGACUUAGCAAAUUUCUUGGAACACACUGGAUUAUGGGCAACAUUUUGAGCUUACUCUUUGGCUCAAUGACGACUCCUGCAAGCUGGAAUGCUCCAGUGAAGACUGAUGAAAAAUAUCCACUCAUUGUUUUCUCUCAUGGUCUUGGAGCAUUCAGGACAAUCUAUUCUGCGAUUGGCAAUGACCUGGCAUCUCAUGGGUUUAUCGUUGCUACUGUAGAGCACAGAGACGGCUCUGCCUCCGCCACGUACUAUUUCAAUGACCAGUCUGCUGCAGAAACGGGGAACAAGUCCUGGCUCUACCUCAAAACCCCACCGCAAGGGGAGAAAGAAGCGGCGUCGCUACGAAAUGCGCAGGUGCGGCAGAGAGCAAAGGAGUGUUCCCAAGCUCUCGAUGUGAUGCUUUCCAGAAAGCCGGCGACAAACGUGUUAGAUUUAGACUUCGACAUGAAACAGCUGCAGGACUCUAUCGAUAGAGCUAAAAUAGCAAUAAUCGGACACUCUUUUGGUGGGGCCACAGUUAUUCAGGCUCUUCAUGAUGACCCAAGAUUCAGGUGCGGUAUUGCCCUGGAUGCGUGGAUGAUGCCCCUGGAUGCGUGGAUGAUGCCCCUGGAUGAGGGCAUAUAUUCCAAGUUCUCUCAGCCCCUCUUUUUUAUCAACUCCGAACGGUUCCAAUAUCCUGCUAACAUCAUAAAAAUGAAAAAAUGCUAUGUACCUGGUAGAGAAAGAAAAAUGAUCACAAUCAGGGGUUCGGUCCAUCAGAAUUUUGCUGAUUUCACUUUUGCAACGGGAAAAAUAGUUGGAUAUAUAUUCACAUUAAAAGGAAAAAUAGAUUCAAAUGUAGCUAUUGACCUUACCAACAAAGCUUCAUUAGCAUUCUUGCAAAAGCAUUUAGGACUUCAGAAAGAUUUCGAUAAGUGGGAUUACUUGGUUGAAGGGGAAGAUGAUCACCUUAUUCCAGGGACCAAUAUUAACACAGCAGACUACCAUGGCCCUCUACAGAACUCUACAGGAAUGGAGAAACAGAAUUUAGAUUAAAAGUGCUUUUUUAAAGUCUGAUUUGAAAACUAAAGUGUGUAUGUUGUAUGAUUUUUUAGGCUAUACCAUGAUAGUGACUGAAGCUUGGAUUAAAAUUUUUUUCCUUUAAGUGUAAAGAAAGACUGCAGUAUAUAAAAAUCAUGCCAGCCUAAA